AAAAGUUUUUUGGGGGGAGAGGCUCGAGCGUGGAGGUGGCCGGCCCCGCGCUUUCUAAUCCGGGGAGCGGAGGGCGGGGGGCGGGCGCCUUCCUAGAAAAAUGUUGCCGAAACACUAAGCCGGCGGGCACAGCCAGACGCCCGUAGCCGGCGGGUGAAGACGACCAGGUCGCCCCGCCGCGUGCCGUCGUCGCCUCUCCGAGGUGGGAGCCCCCCGCGCGCCCCCGCACGGCUGGACGCCUCGGCUGGUUCGCGACGCAGCCCCCCUUGGCCGUGGAUGCUCGCGCGGGCUCGGGAUCCGCCCAGGUAGCGGCCUCGGACCCCGGUCCCGUGCCCAGGAUCUCCCCAGCCCCCCCAGCGACGGAGCCCGGGGGCCAUGCGGGCGAGCGGCGGCGGCGGCUGCAGCGGCCUGAGCGCCUGAUCGCCGCGGACCCGAGCGGAGCCCACCCUCCUCCCCAGCCCCCCACCCUGGCCGCGGGGGCGGCGCGCUCGGUGUACGCGUCCGGGGCCCCGCGGGGCCGGGCCCGGCGUCGGCAUGAAUCGCUGCUGGGCGCUCUUCCUGUCUCUCUGCUGCUACCUGCGUCUGGUCAGCGCCGAGGGGGACCCCAUUCCUGAGGAGCUUUAUGAGAUGCUGAGCGACCACUCCAUCCGUUCCUUCGAUGACCUCCAGCGACUGCUACACGGAGACUCCGUAGAUGAAGAUGGGACUGAGUUGGACUUGAACUUGACCAGGUCACACUCCGUAGGGGAACCUGGAAGCUCAUCUCGAGGGAGGAGGAGCCUAGGUUCCCUGACAGCAGCAGAGCCAGCCAUGAUUGCCGAGUGCAAGACACGCACCGAGGUGUUCGAGAUUUCGCGGCGUCUCAUCGACCACGCCAAUGCCAACUUUCUGGUGUGGCCGCCCUGCGUGGAGGUGCAGCGCUGCUCCGGCUGCUGCAACAAUCGCAACGUGCAAUGCCGCCCCACACAAGUGCAGCUGCGGCCUGUGCAGGUGAGAAAGAUCCAGAUUGUGCGGAAGAAGCCGACUUUUCAGAAGGCCACAGUGACCCUAGAGGACCACCUGGCGUGCAAGUGUGAGAUGGUGGCACCCGCCCGGCCUGUGACCCGAAGCCCUGGAGGGUCCCAGGAGCCACGAGGUAAGAUGCCUCAAACUCGGGUGACCAUUCGGACAGUGCGGGUCCGCCGGCCCCCCAAAGGGAAGCACCGGAAGUUCAAGCACACGCAUGAUAAGACGGCACUGAAGGAGACCCUGGGGGCCUAGGGGCGCCGGCAGGAAAGUGUGGGCAGGGUUAUUUAAUAUGGUAUUUGCUGUAUCGCCCCCAUGGGGUCCUAGGAGUGAUAAUGUUGUCCCCCUCAUCCGUCUGUCUCGAUGCCUGAUUCGGACGGCCAAUGGUGCUCCCCCCACCCCACGUGUCCGUCCGUCCGUCCGUCUGUCCAUCCGUCCACCAGCGGCUUCCUCUGCGGCUCCAGGGCAGCUCCAGAAGGAAUCACAAGGACUGAACCCCCCUCGAUUCUAUCCGCCUCGACCCCAGGAACCUGGACAGGUGUGCAAGAGACUGACGGGGUCGGGGCUUCCCGCCUCGUCCCUCUCGCCUGGCCUAGCCACACCCCAGUGGGGGCUCUCGGAUGGCCCAAGCGGCCCCCCCACAGCACUGUGGACCCUGGCUAGCCUGAGGUGACACCUCCAGGCAGGUUGGGGUACCUUGUACCUUGGUGGCUAAGACCACGUGAGGAACACAGACUAGAGAACCCCCCACCACGCCCAGAUCAUCUCCUCACUCUUCUCCCUGUAACCUCUAUUCACAUGUUCAUGGUGUGUGUAUGAAAUCUUCAAAGGCGUGGCCUCCCCUGGCAGUGGCCGAGGGGCUACGUAGAGGCGGAGUUUGGUCCUGAGGUGAAUGUCGCCGGUGACCCACCACCCCUGCUCCUCCUCUACCUCCACCCCAUGUCUUCCUCUAUUCCUGGCUCUUCAGUCUGCUCCAUUGCGAGGCACUUGGACACCCCCUGCUCCAAUCACCCCACUCACGCUUCCUUAAGGGCAGAAGAUCUGUCCAUCGUCUUUCACCCCAGCCGAGACCACCAAGUACGGUUGGAGCACUGCGAGUGCGAGCACCCGUCACGCCGUGGACAGGGCCAGUGUGUUCAUGUGGCUGUUUAUUACACGGCUGCUGGCCGAUGGUGGGUCACACCUUUGUGGGCUCACUGAGGCCUGGCGGUGCCCUGACCCCGCCUGUGGCCUGGAGGGGGAGGGAGAUAGGAGUCUGUGGGGGGGGGGAGAGGACAGGGAUGGGACUCGCUGUUAGCCAUCACCUCGACUUCUCAGCUAGUCCCUUUCCUGGCAGCUGUGUGAAGCCUGGAGGUCCCCAAAGGAGGAGCAGCCCUGGGCCUUGCCCUUUCUCAGAUCAUGGGGUCUACCUGGGGGCUCCUCUCAGGAGGCCAGCUAGGGGCUGGAAGUCGGGGAGAGAAGGGAGAGGAUGGGGGGGGUGGAGCCCCAUCUGAGCUCCCAGCUCCUCCCCCCCUUCCCAAUUGCACUUUCCCCUCCCCCUCCCCGCUUCCUUCAGUUUGUAAAGUCGGUGAUUAUAUUUUGGGGGGCUUUCCUUUUAUUUUUUAAAUGUAAAAUUUAUUUAUA